UGUCAUAUCUGCUAUUUCGUUUAUAAAAAUUAAAAUGUCUUAAUGGAAAUGCUUUGUGUGUUUGGUGCUUGUUUUCUGAGUAAUAUUGACAGUAUUCAGUACUUAAUAUUGUUAAUACAUUAAAUGACAAAGUAUCGACGUCUUAUUACAUAUUUCUAGUCACAGUUGGUGAUUUGUUACGAUAAUUCAUUUUGAAAUUGCUCUAACCUCAGUUCUUAGUACAGUUUUUUCGAAAUGGCGCUAAAAAUGUGGAUUGUGGAUGUUUUUAACGUUGAUGAAGAUAACCAAACACUACCAAAAUAUAACAGAAAAGUGAAAUUGAGGGCGGACUAUGAUCCUCAAGGAAUUAGCAUAAGAAUUUUAGACAUUGACGAGUGUAACCAGCUUCUCGAGUUCCCCGUAGAUUCAAGUACAGAAUGUUGUCGUGUGGGCUCUUCUUCUUAUAUAUUUACUAUUGACAAUGAUACAUUAUUAGUGAAAUUUAGUAAUAAAGAUGAAGCUAGACAGUUCACAGUAGCAAUAACAAAAGUUAAAUCUGGUAAGGAUGCCUCUGUAUUUUCUGUUCGAACUGAAGAUUCUUCAGCAACCCAGUACUUCCAGUUUUAUGGAUAUCUUUCUCAACAACAAAAUAUGCUUCAAGAUUUUGUGAGAACUUACACUUAUCAAAGAGCAAUAUUAUGUAAUUUAGAUGAUUUCAAAGACAAAAUAGUGUUAGACGUAGGAGCAGGAUCAGGCAUUUUAUCAUUUUUUGCCGCACAGGCAGGAGCUAAACGAAUUUAUGCUGUAGAAGCUUCAACAAUGGCACAUUAUGCGCAAAAGUUAGUUGAAGCCAAUCAUCUAUCCAGUUCUAUCAAGGUUAUUCCAGGUAAAAUAGAAGAAAUUGAAUUACCUGAAAAAGUGGAUAUCAUAAUAUCUGAACCAAUGGGUUAUAUGCUGUACAAUGAGCGAAUGUUGGAGUCUUAUUUGAAUGCCAAAAGAUGGCUUGUUCCUGGAGGUAAAAUGUAUCCUUCCAGAGGUGACUUACAUAUAGCUCCUUUUACAGAUGAUGCUCUGUAUAUGGAGCAAUAUAGCAAAGCAAAUUUCUGGUUCCAAACUUGUUUUCAUGGAGUUAAUUUAUCAGCCCUUCAAAACUGUGCUGUGAAAGAAUAUUUCAGACAACCUAUUGUAGACACCUUUGACGUUAGAAUUUGUAUGAGUAAAUCUCUAAGGCAUGUUGUAGACUUUUUGGAGGCAGAAGAAACUGAUCUUCACACAAUCGAUGUACCAUUAGAAUUUCAUAUUUUAGAGUCUGGUACAUGUCACGGGCUAGCAUUUUGGUUUGAUGUUGCAUUUACUGGAUCCCAGCAAACAAUUUGGUUGAGUACAGCACCUACAGAACCUUUGACCCACUGGUAUCAGGUGAGAUGUUUGUUAGAGCAGCCACUUUUGUUGAAACAGGGACAAGUAUUGACAGGCAGGGUACUGCUUUUAGCAAAUAAAAGACAAAGUUAUGAUGUUACAAUUGAGUUGAAUGUGGAAGGUACUACCCAGACUUCAAAAAAUACUUUGGAUUUGAAGAAUCCCUACUUUAGGUAUACUGGAGCACCAGUACAACCACCUCCAGGUGUUGCCAAUGUAUCGCCAAGUGAAAGUUAUUGGAGCCAAUUGGAUGCCCAAGGAGUUCGCAAUGCUGUUAACAUGGUGAACGGUAUGUCAGUAAAUGGUCUGGGAGAAGUUUCAAUGGAUACCACUCAGACGUUGUUGAACAAUAAUCUAAUGGCUAGUAAUCUUAUUGCCUUAGUAGAUUCUCAGCAUAUGGGAGCGUCCUAAAUGGCUUUGAAGGAAAUGGGAGGUUGUCAUAGGCCCAGAAAAGACAUUGAGUUGAAAAAUUAAAGUAAACUCUCGCUUGAAGUGUUGUGUUGAAGUCUGGCAGUGUUGAAGAGGGAUUUAAGUAGUAGUUAAAUCCCUCAUUCAGUAUCGAAGCCUUAAUUUCGUGGUGGUAAAUUGUAGAUCACUAAUGAAAGUUAUAAUAAAAUUAUCACAAUCUAGAUGAAGUGAUGUGCAUAAUAAGGAAGAAAUAGUUAUAGAUAAAAAUUAAUGUCUUAUUAUUUUUUGCAGCAUCUUCCGUGAAAGCUAAUACCUCAUUUUUAACAACCUGAAAGUCGGUCAAUUCUAUCUCACUCUUAUAUUUCAAUCAAAAGGGUCGUAAGGAGUUUGCUAACUUUUAUUUAUUUUUGAAUUAUUAAAGAUGCUGUCACUAUGAUAUUUAUAAAAGAAAUGGUGUCAGUGUAAUUCAGCUUUUAUUAUGUUCACCUCUAUUUGUAUAUAUUAUGGGUAUUUUUUUGAGAAUAGUGUAUGGCAAAUUAUAUUUUGUUUUUAUUUGAAGACGAUUUUCUUAGGAAUAUGUAAAUUCAUUGCCAAAAUAUAAUGAUUGAUUGGUAAGGAGAUAAAGUUAGUUCUUCCAAACUUUUUUCGACACUUUUAUUAAGCGGGAUUUUUCCUAUAGUCGCCAGUGAUUAUGCUUAACCUUGCUGAUAAUUAGUUUGUAUAUUUGAUGUGAUGACGUGAACAUUAUUUUUAAGGGAUUUUUAUAAAAUUUAAGAUGACUCUUUGGCCUCUGGCUUGUUUCAGAACUUACUUGGAAAUUUUACAGUAGUAGUCAUAUUAUUUUGCACUCCAAUAUUUUUUUUUUUUAUUCUAGGUCUUGCAUCACUUUCAUCAAUUUGUAAAAAUAGUAAAACUAGUCUUUUGUAUCAAUGUAAAAAAUUGUUAAUUAGCAUUCCAUUGAAAUCUACUGAACAUUUUAUGCUAGCCUCGUGAAUUUAUUUAUCAGUAUGAAAAAUAUUAAACCAAAUAGAGAAUGGGAUGCAUUACUUUUGAAUAUUCCUGCAACACAGUAUUAACAUCAGUUCAGGAUAUUUGCCUUUUUUUUCUGUACAAUAAGUUUUAGUUAUUCGAUUUUAAUACAAACAAACCAUCACUUCUGAAUUUUAUUAGGUAAUAGGAAUUAUAAUUUCUGUUCGUAAAUUUUUAAUGAUAUUGUGUGAUGUCGAUUUUAUACCUAUUCGAUUCUGAAAAGAAAACUGACAAUAUUGUUUGUUUUAUCAUUUUGAAUCAAUUAGAAUAACAAUGUUUGUGCAUAUUUUGAUUUUUGUGAUUUGUGGAAAGUGUAGAACAAUCUCUAGAUAAAUACAAAAUACGUGUA